UUUGCAGCACUUUUCGCGCGCCGCCUGCCACUUGGGAUUGCUUGGAUUCCGCGGUGUGUCUUUAUAUGUUCAGCCGGGGAGACGAGUAGCUUUUUUCCGGGGUGGUCCUCUAAAAGGAAGGUGACAUGCAGGUUCUCGGCUGGACCGUAGUUUUCCUCUGCCAGUGGAUCCUACGGCAGGUCCAGGGGUUGGAGAAGCAAGUGGACUUCUCUGAUCUGAGCCCAGUAGGGUCUGUGAUGAAGACUCUUCCAUAUGGCAUCGGUGGAGGCACGGUGGGAGGAGUGGUUAAGCCUCCGUAUCAAACGCGCAUCUUCUCCACAUCCAUUGACCAGACACCCAUGAAAACCAAGCCGCCCACCUACAAUUUCUUUAACCCGUAUGACUCCGCUCGAAACCAGUCCCUGCUGCUGGACCAGACAGGCUACCGCUCCAAACGCAAACCCUCACUCAAGACAGCCAUGAAGACCAAGAAGAUCUUCGGCUGGGGGGAUUUCUACUUCAAUGUCAAGACGGUGAAGUUCAGCUUGCUGGUGACGGGGAAGAUCGUGGACCACAUCAACGGGACAUUCACCGUUUACUUCCGCCACAACUCAUCCAGCCUGGGGAACGUGUCGGUCAGUAUUGUACCGCCAACCAAGGUGGUUGAGUUUGAGGUCCUUCAGCAGCAGCAGCAGCUGCACACCCACACCCAGCAGGAUGUCCAGAUCCAGGACACGCAGCAGUCCACCAUUGACCCCAAAGAGCCAAAGACCUUUAACUGUCGGGUCGAGUAUGAGAAAACCAACAGGUCCAAGAAGUCCAAACCCUGCCUGUACGACCCGUCUCAGACCUGCUUCACAGAGCACACCCAGUCCCACGCCGCCUGGCUCUGUGCCAAACCUUUCAAGGUCAUCUGCAUCUUCAUCUCUUUCUUUAGCAUCGACUACAAGCUGGUGCAGAAAGUGUGUCCGGACUACAACUUCCAAAGUGAGCACCCUUACUUUGGAUAAGUUUUGAAGACUGAACUGAAAUCAAGA